GGGGAGCGGGCGGGCAAGCUCGUCCAUUUUCAAACAGCGCCGAAAAGAUCGGUGAGCGCUGAGAGGUACGGAUUGUUAGCUAGCGACAGGAGACAUGGGCCAGAAAGGUUCCUCAGAGCAGAGGGAUGGCGACAAGAGGAGAGAAGAUAGCCCGGCCCCAGACCACGACCACAAGUGCAGAGUGUGCCGCUUCCCUCUGCUUGUGGCCCUCUCGCAGCUGCUCCUGGGGGUAGCCGUCACAGUGGUGGCCUUCCUCAUGCUGGCCAUCAGCCCUUCCCUCCUGGCCAGAGAGACGCCACACUGGGCUGGGAUCAUCCUGUGUCUGGUUUCCAUUGUGGGAUUCAUCCUGUACUGUGCCACCUAUCACCCAGAUGAGCGCUCGACUGCGCAGUUCAUUGUCAAGCUCCUGUACUUUGCCUUGUGUGCAAUUGGCCUGGUCAUAUCCGUGUUGGUAGUGGCCUUCGCCGGAUACCACCACGCGCAGACCAGCAGCUUCAGCUGUCUCCCUGCCGCUGAGGCCUGCGUGUGCACGUUGGACCCCCGCGACCCCAUAGCUCGCACUUUCACCUACGAGGGCGUCCGCGACUGUCAGGAGAUCACCGAGACACUCUCACUCUACUAUUUGCUCCAGAUUGUGCUCAACCUAGCCCAGGCCUUCUUCUGUGCGGUGGGCACCUUCAUCAUGUGGAAGCACCGCUACCAAGUCUUCUUCUCUGGCCUUCAAAUCGGAUCCUUCCGGCGGUGGAACAAGGUUUGACUUCAUGGAUUACAGGGGACAGGCCAACUUUGACUAUUUAUCAUGAUGUCAUAGCCAUCUUGUGUGGUAAUUGUAUGAUCAAUAAAAUGCAUUUUUGUACCACUUUUGUACAUUGCAGCUGUUGAAGAGGGCUAAUUGUUAGCUAAUGUUUGUUUUCUAGCUCAGAAAAAAAAUCAGGGGGUCAGACAGUAAAAGUUAGUUGUUGUGUCAUGUAUAUGUGAUAAUAUUAUAGCCGAGGUGCUACUGAAUAACUGAAUAACCCAUUAACAUUAUUAGCCUACUUCUUUUAGGACAAAAAGAGGAGUUCACAUAUUUGUAGACAAAGUAUUCACUUUCAAAACUUUAUUUCUGUUAAUGUUUUACACGUUGUGCAAUGCAUUUCAAAUAAAAGUCCCCCAAAACUA